AUGGGUGGCGAUCAGGCGACGCGGCGGGGCUCGAGCGCCAUGUUAGAACCAGAGAACGCUCUGGCGGAGUCGGCGUUCCAGUCCAACAGAAUCAUCAAAGACAGCAGCCGCUACAACCUCCUCGUCUCGAACCUGCCACCAGAAGUAGCGCAGGAGGUCUCCGACAUUAUCCUGGCACCACCAGCAGAGCACCGCUAUGAGACCUUGAAGGCAGCGGUAAUCUCACGCCUCGCAGCAUCGGCCGACCAGCAACUCCAUCAGCUCCUCAACGAGGUGCAACUCGGUGACCGCACGCCUUCCCAGCUGCUUCGGUACAUGCGCCGCCUGGCCGGAAACGCCAUCUCCGACGAGGCGCUACGCAUCAGAUGGCUCGACCUGCUUCCAUCCCAGGCCAGCCGCAUGUGCCGCGUGCUCAGGACGUCCACGCUGGACGAGCUCGCCACGCUCGCCGACGAACUCGUCGCGCCAACCCCAUCAGUCAGCGCAGUCUCGCGCCCCAGCUCGCCAGCAUCGAGCGGCAUCGUUUCUGGUACCACCACGCCGCUCCCACAACACGAGAUUGUCUCGCUCCGUCUCGUCAUGUCGCAAAUUUCGGCCACGCUGCAGCAGCAGUCGCUCGUCCUGCAGUCAAUACUGACGGCGCUCGCAACGAAACAACAACAGCAACAACAGCAACCGCAGACGCAGAGGCGCAGCCGCUCGCGCACGCCCAUCGUCCACCGCAAACCCAGCAUGGUGCUGGUAUCAUCGGAGAUUCGGAAGCGAGGCAACGCAGUGCAGGCCUCCAUGCUCCUACCCGACGCAGGGAAACUGUUAGCGCCGCCGCCCCCGCAGGCAGCCGCGGUUGGUGCUAACGACGAACAGCGCCUGCACGUCCUCGACCGCUCGUCUGGACUUCGCUUCCUCGUCGAUACGGGCUCAGCCGUUUCGCUGUUGCCCCGCAACUUUCUCAAGAGAACACUACAACGAGGCCCUCUCAAGCUGAGCGCAGCUAACGCCACGUCCAUCGAUACGUACGGCGCACACCACAUGGACGUGGACCUUCGCCUGCACCGGCCUCUCUCGUGGAAGUUCAUCGUAGCAGACGUCUCGAAUCCGAUCCUCGGCGCCGACUUUCUCGCCCACUACGGGCUCGUCGUCGACGUUAAAAGGAAACGUAUCCUCGACACCGACACCUCAAGACACGCAACAUGCUCGCUCAAAUCGCCAGAGAUCCACUCCGUAGAAGUGUGUAUAUCAGCGGAUGUAGCAGAAGGCAUCUUCGCCGACCUGAUGCGGCAAUACUCGGACCUCGCAACCCCAGGCAGCACAACCAUCGCCCUCCCGGACCUCGACGCGCAGCAUCACAUCACCACAACCGGCCCUCCCGCAGCAGCCAAGGCUCGUCGACUCCUUGGCCCUCGACUCGAAGCCGCACUUGCGGAAUUCAAGGUAUUGUUGGAGAUGGGGAUAGUGCGCCUGUCAGACAGCUCCUGGGCUAGCCCGCUACGCCUCGUCCUUAAGCCAGAUGGCACCUACCGCAUCACCGGCGACUACAGGCAGCUAAACAGCCGCACCGUGCCGGAUCGCUACCCGCUCCCAAUAAUUGAAGAUCUCCUGCUCGCGCUAGGAGGCACAAUUUUCUCUGUCGUCGAUUUGAAGAAAGCUUUUUACCAGCUUCCGAUUGCGCCCGAGGACGCGCACAAAACCGCCAUCAUCACCCCAUUCGGGUUAUUUGAAUUCACCAGAUCGUCGCUGGGCCUACGCAACGCCGCCCAGUCUCUGCAGCGAGCCAUGGACCAGCUUCUUCGAGACCUGCCAUUCGCUCGUGCGUACCUCGACGAUAUAAUCGUCGCCUCCAACAACGAAGAAGAGCACGUUGGUCACCUCAGAACCCUGUUCGACGUUCUUCGAGCGGCCAACAUCAAAGUAAACCCAGAGAAAUGUGUCCUGGGGAAGAAACAAGUUACGUACCUGGGCUACUUGGUCUCCGCCGAGGGCUCAAGGCCACCACAAGACAGAAUCGACGCUAUUCAAGCCUUUCCGAAGCCUGGCAACUCCGCCCAGCUCCGCCGAUUGCUGGGCCUCAUCAAUUACUAUCGGCGCUGA